GACUACACAGUGCUGUAUAACUGGUUCCUAUACAAGUGGGGCCUCACACCUGGAAAUACAACCAACAUAUUGAACGUGUGCAACCAGUUGGAAUUCUUCAAUGGAUGUAUGGGCAACGAUCGAGGAUGCUUUCAAAUUCAGAAUCUCCUACUGGGAACUGAUUUGAACAACGCUUUCUUCAUUGACGGAACACUGGCCAUGUACCAGUUCAACUGUGGUCCUGGCCUUAAUGUUCUACUUCAUGAAGGACUUGCGUGCGCUCAACUAGUUAUCGAUGGAUUCCAGAACUACCUACAGCAGUGUGUCUCCACCUAUAUGUCGUCAAUCACUUAUGACUUCAACUCCGGCUGCAAGUAUGUGAAGAACUUGAUGGACUGCUGGUCAGCACCCUUUGUUGGCGGCAGCCAGAAUCCGCCACCGGGAUGUCGCGGAGCCGGACGGGCAGACGCAUGGUGGGCAUGCGAGGCGAAUCGAGUGUUCACAUUGAAUCAGUUCCCAAAUUGUGGAUAUUCGUGCGAUGUGCAACAACAAUCACAACAACUCGAACGUCACCUCGAAACUCAUCACAAGGUCGAAAAUGGCAAACACUAUUACAAAAUUCCGGACUAUAUGGCUGUCGUUGAAGGGACUGUGCGAGUAGUCGAAGGGCUAUGGAUGAGCGACUAA